AUGGUAGAAAUGUAUGUAGAUUUCCAUCACAAUGAUGGAAAAUUUUAUUUUUGGUUUGAUGAUGAAAGAAGAAGAGAUUCCAAACAUAAUCAUGUAUCUUUUAAACUAGAUUCAUUUAAUUAUUUAGAAAAGGUUAUGGAAGAAGAAAAAAAACGCAUCGAAGAAGGAGAAAUUGUUAGAGAAGAAUUUAAGAUAAAAUGCCUUAAAGAAAAUUGGCAUAUCUUUAUUGUCAU